CGACACCGCGACGGACGGCCGGCAUGUCGUCGGCGGUAUCGAACGACGCGGCGGAGGCCCUCGCGGCGGCGUGCGCCGGGGGGCACAUCGACAAGGUGGAGGCGCUCAUCGCGCAAGGCGUGGACGUCAACGCGUGCGACGCGAUAUUCGGCACGCCGCUCGUCGCCGCCGCGCGCGCGGGUCACGCGGCGGUCGCGACCGCGCUGCUGAGGCGACCGGAGCUCCUCCCCGAUCGACGCUCGCAGCGCGACACCGCGCUCACCGCGUGCGUCGCGAACGGCCACCUCGAGUGCGCGAAGGCGCUCGUCGCGUCGGGACGAUGCGACGUGAACCUCCCGCAGGAGGCGACCGCGUGCGCGUCCGGGCACAAGACGACCGCGGACGAUCCGCUGACGAUCGCGGCCAAGAGGGGCGAUCGCGAGCUGGUCAAGCUCCUCGUCGCGCGCGGCGCGCGCGUCAACGGCGGCGGCGAGGGGACGUGCGACAUCCCGCUCACGGCGGCGACGACCGCGGGGCACGUCGACGUCGUGAUGGACCUGCUGAACGCGGGCGCGGACGUGAACGGGGUCGCGCGAUGGGCCGGAAGGACGGCGCUGGUAGCCGCGGCGGAGAGCGAAGAUCCGCGCACGCGGACGCUCGUGGACGUUUUCCUUCGACGCGGCGCGGACGCGAACCACGUCUCGAGCGGGAUCGUCGGGAGGAGGCUCGGAUACGGCGCGGUGCACGCGGCGGCGGCGCGGAUGGACGCGGAGAUGGUGCGCGCGCUCGUCAAGGCGGGCGCGGAUCCGAAUCGCCGAGCGAAAAACACCGACUCGAAAGAGGUGAAAUCGAGGCGCGCCAACGCGGCGAAGCAACUGUGGGGCGUGAACACCGCGCCGGAUCGGCUGGAUAACACGCCGUUACACCUCGCGGUCGCGCUGUACAUCAACGAGGCGGCGAAACGGCGCGUGAAGGAGCGCGACGCGCGAGAAGCGGAGGAGAAGAGCGGGGGAGACCCGAGCGACGCGAAAAAGGGGGGAGAAAAAGAAAAAGAAAAGCCUUCUCAUCCGCCGCCGAGUAAAGGCGGGGACGACGGCGUGCCCGGCCCGGGCGAGAAACUCGCUCUGGACGUCGUGAAAACCCUGCUCGAGUGCGGCGCGGAUCACAACGCGUUCGUCGUGGACUCGACGCCGAUGCACAUGGCCUCCCUCGGCGGCGCGUGCGACGUCGUCGAUUUACUCAUGUCCAAGGGCGCGGACGUCGCCGCCGCCGCGCCGGGGUGCACGACGCCGCUGGAAGCGGCGACGAGGUACGCCGCGGACCUCGUCGUGGACGCCAGAGACAGCGCCGCGCACGACGGCGAGCCGGAGGAGUACGACUCCGACGACGCGGACUUGCCCGACCUCAUCUCCGGGGAAGAAUCCGGCGCGAAAAAAGUCGAACGCCUCGCGAGCAUGCUGGCGGCGGAGAAACACUCGGAAAAGGUGAAACUGAAGAUGGACCUCACCGUGGACGACGGCACCCCGCCGGGGGCGCGCAGCGUCUCGGAAGAGGGCGUCUGGCUGGCCAUGGAGGCGCUGAGGGACGCCGCCGGCCCGCUGCGCGCGGCGCGGCACCUCGCGUCCAAGUGGAAAGCGACGGUGACCACGGCGGCGCUCGUCGGCGCGUGUCGCGCCGGCGACGAGGAGACGACGGCCACGCUGCUCGACGCGGCGAGCAACCUGAUCGACGAGCGCGCGAAAAAAGAGGGAGAGGUCGUCGCGGCCGCGGACCGUAGCCCCAGAACCAUGGACGAGCUCGUGAAGGGCGUCGCGCGGCACACGACGCCGCUGCACGCCGCCGCGGAGGCGCGUUCUAUACGCUGGUCCCCAUACGACCGCGUUCGCGUGGUGAACGCCGUUCCUUAA